AUGGCGGACCUCAAGCAGUUCAUCAGCGACAACGUCGUUCGGGUAAGUCAACGCCAGUCGUCGUCCGUUCCCCCUAGCUCACAUCCUCAGCUCCUCGGCUCGGCGGACGCUGCUGUUGUGGAUUUCGUUCACUCAUCAGGUAGGUAUCGAAUAUACAGCAAACCUAUCCAUGCUCACACUGCAGCUCUGUCCGCAAAGACACCUGGGGACCUCUACUCAUCGCUCGUCGCCGUUGGUCUGCCUGAAGGCCCCGAGUCCCAGACCUUUGCCACCCAGGUCCAUGCCUUGGUACCGCGCAAAAAGGCAAAGGCCGCCAAGACCUCUGCUGCUUCCAGUACCCAAAAGUUCUCUCUCCUGCUCGACGACGAGCCAUCGACUCGCAAGAAGAAGAAGGACAAGGGCAAGGAGAAGGAGAGGGCGAAGGAAAAGGAGCGCGACACCGUCAAGCUGAGCCGUUCGUCGCGUAAACGCGAAACAGACGGCAACUGGGAUGACGAGCCCGAAGAAGACGAUGACCUCGAGUACCUCGACUCAAAACGCGCAAGGCUGGACUCGCCACCUCGCGAUGGCGGCUACGACGAGCCUCCACCGCCAGAAGAGACGGAAGAGGAGCGCCAGGAAAGGGAACGGUUAGAGGACAUUGCGGAACGAGACGCCUUCGCCGAACGGAUGAAGAACAAGGACAAGGACAAGACAAAGUCGCUUGCGUUUGACCGCUCGGGUGAGGGCGGCCUCGAGGCCCAGAAGCGCAUGGCGCUCGCAGACGAUGCCGACGCACGACAAGCCGUCAUGCCCGACCUGCGUCUCCGCUCGCGUCAGGCCUACCUCACCAAGCGUGAGCAGCAGCGUCUUGACCUCCUCAAGAUGGAAAUUGAGGACGAAAAGAUUCUGUUCCGCGGUCAAAAGCUCUCCCAGCGUGAAAUCGAUGAGCACGAGCGCAAGAUUGAGCUCAUCAAGAUCAUGGAGGCACGACAGAAGAUUGAUGACGGCAAGGAUGGCUACAUGCUUCCCGACGACUACAUCACUGAGCAAGGUCGAAUCGACUCGAAGAAGCGCAAAAACGCCCUGUACAACCGCUACGAGGAGAACAAGAGGGUCGAUGGCGAGUUUUCCACCGACGUCGACAACUGGGAGGACUCGCAGCGCUACAAGACAGACCUUGUUACAGGCGCAUUGGACAAGGAGAUUAUCGACGAGGGUGCUGGCUACGACUAUGUCUUUGACGACGAGCAGGGUAUCAAGUUCUUGCAAGAGGGCAAGAUGGACGGCACGCUCACGAGCGAGGCCCAGGCGCUCCUCAACCAGGUUGAAGAGGCCGAGAAGAAGGCCCAGUCCAUCGACCAGACCCGCAAGUCGCUGCCCAUUUACGAGUUCCGUGAGGAGCUCCUCGAGGCCAUUGCCGAGCACCAGGUGCUCAUUGUGGUCGCAGAGACAGGCUCAGGCAAAACCACUCAGCUGCCCCAGUACCUCCACGAGGCAGGCUACACAAAGGGUGGUUUGAGAGUUGGUUGUACCCAGCCCCGUCGUGUUGCAGCCAUGUCGGUUGCGGCGCGUGUCGCCGAGGAAGUGGGUACCCGUCUGGGACAGGAAGUCGGCUACUCGGUCCGUUUUGAAGACAUGACAAGCGACAAGACGGUCCUCAAGUACAUGACGGACGGUAUGCUGCUGCGUGAAUUCCUCACAGACCCCGAGCUGUCGAGCUACUCGGCCAUUGUCAUUGACGAGGCCCACGAGCGCACCUUGUCGACGGACAUUCUGUUUGGCCUGGUCAAGGACAUUGCUCGCUUCCGCCCCGAGCUUCGCCUCCUUAUCUCGAGUGCUACAAUGAACGCACAAAAGUUUUCCGAAUUCUUUGACGACGCACCCAUUUUCGACGUUCCUGGUCGUCGCUUCCCCGUCGACAUGUUCUACACGCAACAACCGGAAGCCAACUACAUCCAUGCCGCCAUCACGACCAUCCUCCAAAUCCACACCACCCAGCCCAAGGGCGACAUUCUCCUGUUCCUCACUGGUCAAGAUGAAAUUGAGGCAUGUGAAGAAAACCUCAAAGAAACCAUGCAGGCGCUAGGCGACAAGGUACCCGAGCUCAUCGUCGCACCCAUCUACGCAAACCUGCCAACCGAGUUGCAGACCAAGAUCUUUGAGCCUACCCCAGAGGGUGCUCGCAAGGUUGUUCUGGCUACCAACAUUGCCGAGACGUCAAUUACCAUUGACGGCGUUGUCUAUGUCAUCGACCCGGGCUUUGUCAAGCAGAACAACUACAAUCCCAAGACCGGCAUGUCGUCGCUGGUUGUUGAGCCCAUCUCGCGUGCCUCUGCACAGCAGCGUGCUGGCCGUGCUGGUCGUGUCGGUGCCGGCAAAGCGUUCCGCCUCUACACCAAGUGGGCGUUCAAGAACGAGCUGCCACAGGACACGAUUCCUGAGAUUCAACGCACCAACCUGGGCAUGGUUGUGCUCAUGCUCAAGUCUCUGGGCAUCAACGACAUUCUCAACUUUGAUUUCCUCGACAAGCCUCCAGCAGAGACGAUUAUCCGUUCCUUUGAAAUGCUCUACGCCCUUGGCGCGCUCAACCACAAGGGCGAGCUGACCCGUCUGGGUCGUCGCAUGGCCGAGUUCCCUGUCGACCCCAUGCUGUCCAAGGCGAUUAUUGGCAGCGAGGUCUUCAAGUGUACCGCCGAGGUGCUCAUCAUCAUCUCAAUGUUGCAAGAGUCGGGCUCGCUUCUUUACCGUCCCAAGGACAAGCGCGUGCACGCCGACAAGGCGCACAAGAACUUUGUCAAGCCUGGCGGCGACCAUUUCACCCUGCUCAACAUUUUCCAGCAGUGGGCCGAGUCGGGCUAUGGUCAACAGUUUUGCUUUGAAAACUUUGUCCAGUACAAGUCGCUCUGCCGAGUACGCGACAUUCACGACCAGCUCGCUUCACUGUGCGACCGCGUCGAGGUGGUCAUCGAGAGCCUGCCCAACGAGGUGAUCCCUAUCCAAAAGGCACUGACGGCGGGCUACUUUUACAACACGGCACGUAUCGAUAAGGGCGGUGGCUACCGCACCACCAAGAACAACCACACCGUCUACCUCCACCCGUCCAGCUGUCUUAUGGGCAUGCAGCCCCCGCCACGGUUCAUCCUGUACUAUGAGCUGGUGCUUACCUCCAAGGAGUACAUGCGCCAGUGUAUGCCGAUCGAGGGAGCGUGGCUUGCGGAGCUGGCACCGCACUAUUUCGGCAAGCAGGAGAUCCAAGAGUUGUUGGGCUCGGCGAGCAAGGUCAAGAUGCCCAAGCAGAUUGAGCAGCCCAAGGCAGAGGGCCAGUAG